UCCACAUAUGGUUGUUCUUCUCCGAUGUAUGUUUGUGUUCUGCGCUGUCGCUUCUUGUUUCCUUUCUGCAAAGCAAAAAAAGCGUUCUUUUUGGUGAAUCAGUGCCUCUUCCACUUCUCUUCCAUCAAUUUCCUUACGCUAACUUCUUCUUCUUCAUUCCAACUUUUCAGCCUUUGGGUAUCUCUCUCUUCACUUAAUCAUACCUCAUUGUUCUGUAGUAUUUCUGGAGUCUGUGCUGCAAGACAAACUUUGAUUCUACUUGCAACUUCCUAGGAACCGAUACGAAAAUGCAGUUAUAUCAUCAUCCAUUUGAUUUAGAUAGUCUGAAGGUUAGACUUGCAUUGGAAGAGAAAGGCGUCGAUUAUACGUCUCACCAUGUCAAUCCGAUAACUGGCAAGAACUUGGAUUCCUCAUUCUUCAAGAUGAAUCCGAGUGGAAGACUACCUGUUUUCCAAAAUGGAUCUCACAUCAUAUACAAGACUAUAGAUAUAAUACAGUACAUAGAGAGAAUUGCUGUGGUCUCGGCAGGGUCUGAGAAUAUCAGUACCAGUGGCAGGGAAGUGAUUGAAUGGAUGCAGAAGAUACAAGAGUGGGAUCCUAAGUUCUUUUCACUUUCUCAUAUACCAGAAAAAUACCGCAUUUACGUCUCCAAAUUCAUAAGGCGUGUUGUGAUUGCCCGUAUGUCCGAAUCCCCUGAAUUAGCAGGCGCUUACCAUCGGAAGUUAAGAGAAGCCUAUCAAACUGAAGAAAAAAUGAAAGACCCAGAUGUUGCAAGGAGGAGCGAGGAGCACUUGGUUAGACUGCUUGACGAAGUAGAGCGGCAGCUAGGCGAAACACCUUACUUAGCUGGUCAAGACUUCACCAUGGCCGAUGUGGUGCUUAUCCCGGUGCUGGCUCGCUUAGUGCUCUUGGAUUUAGAGAAAGUGUACAUAACCAAUAGGCCAAACAUCGCCGAAUACUGGGUUUUGGUUCAACAGAGGCCUAGUUAUAAAAAGGUGAUUGGUAAGCAUUUUGUUGGUUGGAGAAAACACAAAACAUUAAUAAAAACAUGGUGCUUUGUUCAUAUUAGAAGUUUGCUGAAGAGAUACUAGUGAAGUACACAUAUAAAGGAGUUAAAAUAAGUGAACAUAAGAAGGAGCUUUGUUUGUGUGUAUUGUUUAGAUAAGGAGGAUUUAUAUUAGACAGUUCUUUGUAUUAAUUUUGCAAUUUUUUUUUAAACAUCUUAUUUUCUUUUCUUGAGAGGGAAGGGGGAAUUCUUUUUUUCUUUCUCCCUUAAGUAAUGUUGAUGCUAGGUACUGAAAACAUAGAUGGCUUGGUUUCUGUUGGUUUGUUGCAUGUUGGAGUGGCCAUUCUCCAAGAAAUAAGCAUCUAAUGAUUAUGAUAAUAUGUAAAUGCAAUUACAGGUUUUCCAUA